GCAGACAAUCAAUUCCACAGCUGGCAGAAGAGACAGAGAUCAAGAAAGAGGCCAACCAGCAUAUUAUUCUUAUCCAUCUCCUUCCAGUAUCUGCCACUGGCUCUGCGCCCCGACUGGAACCUUCAAGCCGCGACGUCUUCCCCCACAACUUCAGCAAAAUACCAUGCGUGCUUCAUCUCUUUUGCAGCAAGCCGCCGCUGCCAGAGCUCCACUGAUUAAGUUCAUUGGAAAGCGCACUGUUCCCAAAUCCGUUGACCACUCUCCCCGGGCCCAUCCUGCCUCCCCUUCCUCUGAGCUGCCCGAAUCAUUCGCCACCUACAGAGCCAAGGCCCAGCAGCAUGGCCCGCUGAACUACUCGGCGCAAACGAACGGAAUCUACGGCGGGGCCAUUGGAGGCCAACCUGGUGCAUCGCUCGGGUCCGUGGAGCCGAAGAAGGGCGAAUACUUCGAUCGAAAUGAGCUUCCUGAAAGAUUCAGACGCCUGACCUGGUCGCAAGAAGAAAUUGAUGCUGUCGAGACCGGCGGCGCUAGCCUGUUUGCAUGAAUAUAUGGGGCUACAAGUGAUGAUAUGCUGUCUUUCCUAUAUAUGAAUGCAUGUGGGACACUCGCAGUUCCUCUGGCACUCCAGGGAAGAGCGCUUAGAAGGUCUCGAAAAUAACCCCACCAGGCUGGCUCCUUAGCAUUGGGCAGCCGACAAUGUCGCCCUCCUCGAUACCCUCUAUUUUCCAGCUCACAAUUCAUCCUCAUCGAAUUGCCGCUGCUGUAUCACCAAUUUUCUAUGGUGUGGAUAUUACAAAUUGGUUUUCCUCACGGUAUCAUGUGUUCUGGGGAGGAAGGGACAAUAUCAACUCAGUUUUUGUUACUACUGCUAUCUCAUCAUUUACUAAUAGGCGUUGCUGGUUUGUUUGUCGUGAAAUAUCGCCAUUUUUCCAAGCGGGUGAUUGGGGCCAAUUCUGUUAUGAAUACUGUUUUGGUAGGCCAGGCUCUCUUCCUGCAAUUACAUUCUUUGUCAGAUAGGGUGUACGGUACUGUCUGCUCAACAAAUAUUACUACUUAAACCUACUA